ACAGUUCCAACAUGGCGGCGUCCGUAGGAGUGUGCAGUGCCCUCCGCAUAACGAUCGGAGGGGCAGCAUCGCUCCGGACUGUCGUGGGAGCUGUUCAUUUGUCCCACUGGACGAGUCGAGCCUCAGCCGAAUCUCUCCAGAGACCCCCUUCCUUUCCUUUAUGCCCCCCAACAACAUGGCAGCAGACUAGACAUGGCAGCUUCUUCAACAAGCUGACAGCUGAGGAGCUGUGGAGAGGUGUGCUGGCAGAAUCCGGUGCCGGAGCCAGAAAGGGAAGAGGGAAGCGAACUAAACGCAAAUUAAAAAGAGACUUGAAUCGGGGGCAGGUUCUCGGAGAAGGCCGCGGCGGUUUCCUGUGGCCCGGUCUGAACGCGCCGGUGCUGAAAGAAGGUGCCCUGCAGAGCAUGAGCCGAAGAGGCGAGGCCGAGCAGCAGGAGGUCCAAGCAGAACUGGUGCGUCAAAGGGAUGAGUGGGAGAAGAGGAGGAAGAUGAAGGUGAAGAGGGAGAGAGGUUGGACAGGGAACUCCUGGGGUGGCACCAGCCUGGGCCCCCCCGAUCCAGGACCCAACGGAGAAACCUACGAGGGCUUCGACUCGCGCGUCAUCGAGGUGAAGAGUGUGUUCAACAUGACUGCCAAGGAGGGCAGGAAAAGGUCCAUCAGCUGCUUGGUCGCCGUGGGAAACGGCAACGGAGCCGCAGGCUUCGCUUUGGGUAAGGCAGCGGACAGAAACACAGCUCUGAGGAAGGCCAAGAACCGAGCCAUCCACUACUUGUACUACAUAGAACGUUACAACAACACCACCAUUUAUCACGACAUGGAGCCCAAGUCCAAGAGGACGACGCUGCGCAUGAAGAAACAGAACGAAGGGUACGGCCUGCACUGCCACCGGGCGGUCAUCACCCUGUGCAAGCUGAUCGGCAUCAAGGACCUGUACUGCAAAGUGGAGGGGUCGGUCAAUCUGCUCAACAUCACCCGGGCACUCUUCACCGGAUUGGCCAAUCAGGAAACCCACCAGACUCUGGCCGACAAAAAGCAGCUCCACGUGGUGGAGUUCGAGGCCCACCGAGGCCCGCUGCCCACAGUGGUGGCCAGUCCUAAGGAGGGAGCGCGCCUCAGCCCAGAGUCCACCGACGAGAUCCCAAACACCAAGCUGCACUGGGACGACGUCCGAGCCGCGCAGGGCUACAAACGCUCCAUCUGGGCCGGAGUCAAACGCACCAUCUGGUAGAGCCCACAGCCGGACAGAUGGCUGAAAAACCACUGAGACCAGGAGACACUUUCAGGAGGCCACCUUCCUGUAAAAGAUGUCAGAUAAAAUGGGAUCAGUUUGUAAACGUCUGAUUAUUUGUGAACUGGAGGCGGAAGUUAGUAAAUGUUUCUUGAUACUUUGGUAUCUCAUUUGACAACAUAUUUGUCCAGGCACACAAUGAAAAGGCCCACUGUCAAUCCUAUUCAUCUGAGGGGUGUGGAUGUGUUGCAAAAUACUGUAUACUUAUGAAAUAAAGUGUCUUUCCGUAAAGAUAAUUUUUAUUUCAUUUUCUCUCCGAUUUAUUCAGUAAUGGGUGAUAAUGGGUAUUCAUAUGAAACAAAACUUUCACGUGAGUAUUUGCAUUCUGUGUGAUUGUUGAACAUAAGAAAGUCACAAAUCUGUCUCUGGUCAACACAAAUAUUAAAAAGCACUCGCAGUUUUCUGAUCCAUGCAUUUUGUAUGUUGACAGGCUCCAGUGGCGCAAUCGGUCAGCGCGCGGUACUUAUAGGACAGUACACUGUAGAGCUAUGCCGAGGUUGUGAGUUCGAGCCUCACCUGGAGCAUCUACUAU